AUUCGUUAUUAUCAACCACAGCAGCAACAGCAAAACUCGGCCAAUAGUGUGGAAAAUAUGUAAAACAACAAUAUUAUUAUCAUUAUUAUCUUUUCAUUUUAUAUUAUAUUUGUUCAAUGAAUAAUAGAAGACCUAUAUUUUUGCUGUCUAUCGAUUCCCCGGUGUUGUCUUACUAAACAGUUAACAGUAACGAGCACGCACAACGACGCCAUGUACUGCUUACAAUGGCUCAUACCAGUUCUGCUCAUACCGAAACCGUUGAAUCCGGCGCUGCUGCAGACCCACGUUAUGUUCAUGGUGUUGUAUCUCACUGGCUUCUUUCUGGAACGCAAACCGUGUACAAUAUGCAGUAUAGUGUUCCUGGUCGCGGUGUUCCUGAUAUGUUACAGUGGAUACGGUAAUUGUAUAUUCUACAGUAACAACUGCGAUACGGUUCAGUGCGAUAACGGAUGAAUAGGGACGCCGCCGACAAUAGUGCAGCUACACUGGUCUGAAAACGAUACACCAUUAUAGUUGUAGACAUUUUACUAUUGGGUGAAUUGGCCAAAAAAAAAUGCAAACUGAAAUGUAAAAUAUGACUCAAAUUUUCUUGCCACUUAUUUGUUUUUUUUAUAUAAAAUGUUUGUAAUAAAAAUGAUUUUGAGCACUUUUACCUCACUUUCCGUUUUAAUAUAGACAUGUACAUACAAUUUUAAUAUUUUGUGUUUAAAUUUGUUUUAAUCUUUUUAGUACGUAUAAAAGUUGUUUUUAAUCGUCUUAAACUAAUGUUUAUUACAUCGUAUUACACGUCUUACAAUUUGUUUUAUUUUUCAAUAAAUUAAUUAAAAUGA